UACGGAAAGAAUAUAUAUAGGAGAUGAACUCGAACCAAAUAUUGCAUUCAGUCAGCUGAGCCUCAGAGCAAUGGCAAACAUGGGCAAAUUCCUUGCUAUUCUAGUUUUUACAUUAGUGUGCAACUGCAUAUUCAAACAAUGUGCAGGUGAUACUGUGAGUUAUGAUCAUAGAGCCUUAGUUAUUAAUGGGAAAAGAAGAAUUCUCAUCUCAGGGAGUAUUCACUACCCACGAAGCACUCCAGAGAUGUGGCCGGGCCUUAUCCAAAUAGCGAAGGAUGGCGGUUUGGAUGUUAUCGAGACCUAUGUGUUUUGGAACCUCCAUGAAAGUAUACGAGGCCAGUAUUAUUUUGGGGGAGAAUAUGAUUUAGUGAGGUUUGUGAAAACGGUGCAGCAGGCAGGCCUUCUUGUGCACCUCCGCAUUGGUCCUUAUGUGUGUGCAGAGUGGAAUUAUGGGGGAUUUCCUCUCUGGUUGCACUUCAUUCCAGGAAUUAAGCUUCGAAUGGACAAUGAACCUUUCAAGAGAGAGAUGCAGCGAUUUACUACAAAAAUUGUGGAUAUGAUGAAGGCAGAGCGACUUUUUGCAUCCCAAGGAGGACCUAUAAUCUUGUCUCAGAUUGAGAAUGAGUAUGAGCUUGCUGAAUAUUAUUAUGGAGAACCUGCAAAAUCAUAUGUCAAAUGGGCAGCAUCUAUGGCAGUUGGACUCAAUACAGGUGUCCCUUGGGUAAUGUGCAGACAAGAAGAUGCUCCUGAUCCAGUUAUAAACACUUGCAAUGGUUUUUAUUGUGAAGGAUUUACUCCCAAUUCUGUUAAAAAGCCCAAAAUUUGGACAGAAAACUAUGUUGGCUGGUUUCAAGCAUUUGGUGGUGCAGUACCAUAUAGGCCUGUGGAGGAUCUGGCAUUUAGUGUUGCACGCUUCUUUCAAAAGGGUGGCACUAUGCAGAAUUACUAUAUGUAUCAUGGAGGAACCAACUUUGGUCGUACAGCAGGAGGCCCCUUUAUUGCUACAAGUUAUGACUAUGAUGCUCCCAUUGAUGAAUAUGGAAUGGUGAGGCAACCAAAAUGGGGGCACCUUAAAGAUCUACAUAGAGCUAUUAAACUUUGUGAACCAGCUAUGAUAAGCUCAGAUCCUGAAUAUCGCUAUCUUGGACCUGGUUUAGAGGCACACCUUUACUACACAGACUCGGGAAUAUGUUCAGCAUUCAUUGCCAAUACCGAUAAGACAAAAGAUUUAACUACAACAUUUAAUGGAAACACUUAUAGCUUACCUGCAUGGUCUGUGAGCAUCCUUCCGGAUUGUAAAAAUGUUGUCUUCAAUACAGCAAAGGUUACCACAUUCACCACUUCUGCACAAUUGGAAUUUGUGGAGAGCACUAGUGGGACAGUAGGCCCAACAUGGAAGUGGUACAAAGAGCCUAUAGGAAUAUGGGGGCCUAAUGCAUUUACAAAAAAUGGUCUAGUGGACCAAAUAAAUAUGACAGGCGACUCAAGUGAUUACUUAUGGUACUCAAUAAGUUUUGAAGUUACCAGUGAUGAACUUGCUGAUGGCACCUGGCCAUUUCUAAAUGUCAAGACAUUGGGACAUGCACUGCAUAUUUUUAUCAACAAACAGUACAUAGGUACUGGGACUGGUAGUAAUUCAAAUCCAAAAUUUACCAUGUAUAAGCCAAUAUUUGUAAAACCAGGAAAGAAUACAUUGGACCUAUUAAGUAUGACUGUGGGCCUAAAGAAUAUUGGCCCAUAUUAUGAUACAGAAGGUGCAGGAAUUACAGGCCCAAUUACUUUGAAAGGCUUGAAAAGUGGUACACAAGAUCUUUCAAUGUGGCAAUGGACAUAUCAGAUUGGAUUGCAAGGUGAGCAACUCGGUCUCUAUCGUGGCGAUAGUGCAAAUAGUAGAUAUUGGACUACAGGAUCGAACCCACCCAUAGCACAGAGUAUGAUGUGGUACAAGGUUGAAUUUGAAGCUCCAGAUGGCAAUGGUCCAGUAGUUUUGGACCUUAUAAAAAUGGGAAAGGGUCAAGCCUGGGUAAAUGGACGUAGUAUUGGACGUUAUUGGCCUCUCUACCUCUCUCCAAACGAUGGCUGCAGUACAUGUGACUAUCGAGGAAUGUAUAAUGAAAACAAAUGUUUGAGUAAUUGCGGCCAACCUUCUCAAAAACUGUAUCAUGUUCCUCGUUCAUGGAUUCAGUCUACAGGAAAUGUAUUGGUGUUGCUUGAGGAAAUUGGCGGUGACCCAACCAAAAUAAAAAUUCUUACUAGAUCUAUAGCGCCGCUGUAGAAAAAUCUCCUGCAGUGGAGGCGAUUUGCAGCUGAUUAAUUUACACCAUCAAAAUUUCCACAAAAUUUGUGUAUCAAGCUCGAUUUAUGUAGAUCAACUUAAUAAGGAACACUAUCAUAUCAAAAUGUUAUUGUUCCAUAUAUAUAUUUGUAAUUAUAAAGGAAUACUUCCCCAAGGAUUAAUAUUUCCAAGGAUUUUACAUCAAAGAUGUAAAAGACGACCCUAAUGUACAUCCUUACACCAAGUUUGACGUUUACAUCUGCUCAAAUAAUAGUUACUAUUUAUCAUAUGGUUGCGCAAGGUGACCAUAAAGAUGUUCAGAGAUGUUCAGAUCUUUGGUUUGAAUAAAAAUUACCAAUAUUUCAAGAUUU